AUGUUGUUAGCACAUCACCAGAUUUGGUGCAAUGGCAGGAAUCUUGCUCGUCACCUUGUGUCCGCCGAGGAUCACAUCAUUGAAAUUGGCAGCAGUUUGGGACAUUGCACUGAGGUGCUGCAUGCCAGGGCGGCUGACGUACUUGGGUUGGACGUGUCUGUAGCCCAGCUGGCUGAAAGCCGCCGCCGAGUUCCAGGGGCCGAGUUUGAAUUCCUGGACGUUUUUGAAGAGCCAGAUCGCUUAGCAGCACUGCCAGCUGCAGCUCGAUGCACAAAGGUGUUUUUAGAUAUUGGCGGUGAUCGUCAGAAAGUGCAGGUCUUGAAUGCCAUUGGCAUCUUACGACGCUGCUUGCAACGAGCACGCUUGAUUGUCGUAAAAUCCGAGGAGCUCCAUGCUGCAAUGGCUUCCUGGAUGGGGUGCACUGGCAACGGUGAAGGCAUUCUUGUAUGCAGUUAA